CUAUUCGAGUCGCUCCAGGAAGUUCGGAUCUUUGAAAUACUCGGGUAUUUGAUCAUCUAAUCGAUUGAUCACUUUAUAGAUCUGCUUUUUCCACGAUGGUUCAGCAUCUUUCCCAAGACGUAUCGCAUCAAAGAAUUCACGCAACGAUUCUUGUACGACGUUGACCAGAUUCUCAGGAGGCUGAACGUGAUUGUUUCUAUUGUAAUGUUGAUUCAGAGUACGAAAUAUUUCCGAGUCCAUUGUGACUACGAUGUCAUCGCGUGACGUUAUACCUUCAGCUAGUGCUUGUCGGGCAAAUUUAUCCAUUUGAAUGUAGUAAAACUCUCUAAAGUUACUGAACCAUUUUACUAAUUGCGCUGUAUUGUUCUUAUUGAACCGAACAUCCGGGAAAUACGACUUUAAAAGGGUCGAAUUCGGAUAGCGAGUGUAGAAAAACAUCAGCUUGGCUUUUCGAAGAUGAACUGGCGUCAGUGUUGAACUUUGGCCAUUGUCAUAAACACCGCACUCGCUUGUCUCAUCCGAAUUCGUCGGACUGCCUUCACGUUCACCGAAUGAAGCACCACCGUACAAGGGAUGCCCAACCAUAGUCGGAGGGAAGUAAUUUGAGAGCGGAGUCGAAUGUGAAAGAACAGGGCUGCUUCUCGUGCUGCUUGGAGAGCCUUCACGUGCCAUUGGUGUACCGUUCAUUUUUCGUACGCUGUCAGUCACUUUACUCCUUUUCUUCUUAGGACCAUCAUCUUCAAAUGGUCUGCGCAUUUGAUUCAAAGCUGCCAACGAGUUGAACGCAUUCAGGGGAGAUGGGAAGAUGCCCGUGGGUGGCAUGUGCGGAUUGAGGCCAAAAUGUGCCGCCAGCGGAUUUGGUGCCGGGAAUAGCGUGUUGAACAUUGGCGGCAUAGCCGGUCGAGCUGCUUCCUGCUGGAGACGAGCCAUCUCGUUAGCUGCCCAUUCUUUCAGCACUCUGAAAAGUACAACCAUGGUACGGCUCGAUCAAUACAAUCAGAGGUCUCACAACAGUUAUCGGUUCAAUCUACGCUUAGCAUAAACACAAUAUAUCUCAGUGUAAAACCCCUUAAAGCCCAAAUAUCCCAACAAAAAGCUGUUGAUCCUGAAAGUCCACUGGAUGAAUACUACGAUACGAGUUUACCUAGGCCUAUUCUCCACCAUAAUCACACAGUAGUACCAAACACUGACUAG